AUGUUCAUUGCCAAGGCCAAACCGUACAUGUGCCCCAUUUGUAACAAAGGUUUUCCACAAAAAUGGUAUUUUGAACGACACGUAGCGUCGGUUCAUAAAAAAUCUGCUUUCCCAGCCAAUGCGGUUACAUCUCGCCAGCAGCAACCGCAGCAGGCGCAGCAACAGGGACAUCCCGGACAGCACUUGCAGCAGCAGCAACAAGCUCAACAACAGCAGCAGCAACAACAACAACAACCACAAACUCAACAGGCCCUACAAGCGCAAGCCCAACAGCAAGCGCAACAACAGCCCCAUUCAAGCAUGUUGCCGCAGCAGCAACAGUUUGCAUUCUUCCAGCCUCAGGCACAAGGACAGGCGAUGAACCUACCCAUGGGAACCAUUAUCGCUACUCCGGGCAGUGGCGCGAAUGCAAUGCCUCCCGGGGCCCAAGUCAUGAUGGUCGCUCCUAGCAUGAAUAUGCCGAUGCCCACUUUCUUCUUCCAACCACAACAACCUUCGUCCUUCACCAAUCCACAACAGACAGCUGUCCAUCCAGCUGCUGUGCUGCCAGGUGUUCCCACCACCCUUAUGACCCAAAGCUCUCUGUCCACUACGACGACCAGUCUGAUCACAUCUCCGUUUGGGAUCACCCAACUGCCCAUGACACAAGCUACUGUGGCCCAAACACAAGUGGCUUCAUCAAGUUCACGCCCUUCGAAAGAGUACCAGUGUAUGACCUGUUCCAAGGUUUAUCCGCGAAAGCAAAGCUUACAGGCCCAUAUAAUUCAAGUGCAUUCCGAUAAAAAGCCGUACGAGUGCAAGUUAUGCAUGAAGGGUUUCGUUCGCCGGUGGGACUUUUAUCGACACGUGAAUUCCGUCCAUCAAGAUAAUGCUACCAGUGCGAUUGACGCUGACAAGACGGAAGAGUAUCUGGCUUGGAUGCGUGGUAGGCAAUCAUGUUUGGAUAUCAGCUGGGAAUGUUUAAACGCAGUUCGACCCGAUUUGCUCCGUGUGAAAGUCGAAGAUCAACCAAACAACCCAUCGUCAGCUCUUCAACAGCCGCAAUCACAGCCCGGACCGCAGCAACAAACGCAACCACAAACAUCUCAACAACAGGCGCAAGCGCAGGCGCAACAACAACAACAGCAGCAGCAACAACAACCCACUGCAGCUCAAGCACAGUCACAUCAACCGGAUCCUGACCCGUUCCAAACACAAAAUGAUUUGGCCAAUAUCGUUCCCUCAGACAUCAACAAUCUUUAA